GUCGGAGAAGCACGGACUCGCAGAGAAAACAAAUCAAAGGUUGCGAUACUCACGUUAAGAGGGCUUCAGCGGAAGAAAGGGUUGGUGCUCAAAAAAGGAAGAAGGAGCUGUGAGUUCCUCCAGAGCUCUCUUCAGUCUUCAAUAAGCUUUGAAUUAUCUCUGUAGAAUUAUAUCUGUAGAUCUAGGUGAAGGAAAGCCGAUCAAUUGAAGGAGAAUCUGAGAAUGUCUGCACUUUUCAAUUUCCAUUCGUUUCUGACGGUGGUGCUACUAGUUAUUUGCACCUGUACUUAUGUAAAGCUGCAGUUCCCUACCAUCCUGGAACAGAAAACUGGGUUUCGAGGUUUCUUUUGGAAGGCCGCCAGAAUAGGUGAACGUUUGAGCCCUUGGGUCGCUGUGGGAUGUUUCACAAUGGGAAUUUCAAUCAUAAUUUCCUAAACAUGAAACUCUGGUUGUACAAUGCUUUGUGAUAUAGAUACUUGAGAAAUGUAUUGUUGUAGUAUCCAAAAGAAAAAAACAAAACAUGCACUGUUGACAUAUCUAGUUGUGCACCGUCCCUUUGAAAUAGGUUGCAGUUUGCAAUUUUCCAUUUCUAGAAAAUACAUUUUUUGGUAGCAAAAAAAAUUUGCUAUAACUUUCUGAAACAA